GGCGCGGGCGCGCGGCGCCACCGUUCCCAUCCUGGUUUGCGGGCGGCCACCGGCGGGCAGGGCUUCGAGAUGGCCUCGCCGCGGCGGUGCUCCCCGACAGCCCCGGACAGGGAAUGCAAGUUGCCGCCACCCUCGGCCCCUGCCGGCGAGUAUCCUCCCGGCAAGCUGUCCUGGGGAACCCUGGCGAGGGCCUUAGGCCGCUUCAGGCUGUCGAUCCCGUACACGCGCCUGCUGGCCACCCUCGACCCCCUGGCCUUGGACAGGGAACCACCGCUGCAGCUGUCGCCUGAGAAGCAACAGAUGCCGGAGAAAUUGAUUUGGGGCGACCAGGAGCCUCUCUCCAAGAUCCCAUUUAAAAUUCUGAGUGGGCACGAGCAUGCUGUGAGCACCUGUCACUUCUGUGUGGAUGACACAAAGCUCCUCAGUGGCUCCCAUGACUGCACGGUGAAGCUGUGGGAUGCGGUGGAUGGUUCUGUGGUUCGCAAUUUUGAGCACAGGCCCAAGGCUCCUGUUGUAGAGUGCAGCAUCACAGCCGACAGCAGCAGAGUAUGGGGGAUGAUGGUGCUGUGGUUCCUUUGGAAGGUCAGGUAUGAUACCUUCAUCGUCUCCUGUAAGUUUUCUCCUGAUGGUAAAUACGUGGUCUCAGGCUUCGACGUGGAUCAUGGAAUCUGCAUAAUGGACGCUGAGAACAUCACCACCGUUUCUGUCAUCAAAGAUCAUCACACAAGGACCAUCACGUCAUGCUGCUUUGACCCCGACAGCCAGAGGGUGGCUUCUGUCUCAAUGGACAGGUGCAUCAAGAUCUGGGACGUUACAUCCCAGGCCACGCUGCUCACCAUCACCAAGGCACAUUCCAAUGCAAUCUCAAACUGCUGUUUUACCUUCAGUGGCCAUUUCCUGUGUACAAGCUCCUGGGAUAAAAACUUAAAAAUAUGGAACGUCCACACAGGGGAGUUUCGAAACCGUGGAGCCUGUGUGACCCUGAUGCAGGGCCACGAAGGUUCCGUCAGUUCCUGUCACUUUGCCAGAGACAGCUCUUUUCUCAUUUCUGGAGGAUUUGAUAGGACUGUGGCUAUUUGGGACGUAGCAGAAGGCUACCGGAAGCUCUCCUUGAAGGGCCAUAAUGACUGGGUGAUGGAUGUUGCCAUUAGCAACAACAAGAAAUGGAUCCUGUCUGCUUCCAAGGAUACGACCAUGAGACUAUGGAAUAUUGAAGAAAUUGACCAAAUUCCUUUGGUAAUCAAGUACAAAAAGGCUAUGGGCUUAAAGGUGAAACAGUGCGAAAGAUGUGACAGGCCUUUCUCCAUCUUCAAGAGUGACACCUCUUCUGAAGUGUUCACCCAAUGCGUGUUCUGCCGGAUAGAUACAAGGGGCUUGCCAGCAGAGACUUCACCAUCAUCGUCAUCGUCAUCGGAGAGGGAGAACUUGCUGCCGCCGCCGCCCAGCGGAAGCCAGGAUGAUUGACAGCUACAGGCCCCUUUGAGUGACUCCAGCACAGGUUUCCUAGCAUGUAGGUUUUGGGGCUCUGCAGGGACUUUCUCUUGGGCCCCUCCCAGGCUCAGUAGGCCUGUCAGACUGGGGCAGGACACAAGCCCUGGCUGGGGUCUCAGUACAGUGCCACCUCCUCAGCUUUCAGCUUGGGGAGUGAACACUUGACUUUCCGUUUUCAUGCAGAAUAAAUCUAAUUCCUUUG